UAGCUGCGAUCUCCAGUAAUGGCGGUGUUUUACAGAUCUAAUCGGCUGCGGUGAACCGCCACUCCGUGCGGAAGAGGAAAGAGGAGUGGUUGUUUUGUUUUUGUUUGUUUUUUGUCUUUGCUGAAAUUAAUGUAGCUGUUAGUGAGCUGACUUUAGCUUUACGUCGCCAGCUUUACUUCAACACAACGGUUGUUUUAGGUUAACGAUGUGCAACGGCUGUGUGCAGAAAGAGUACCCCGACCGGGGGAACACUUGUCUGGAGAAUGGCUCCUACCUGAUGAACUACCUGGGCUGUGCCAACUGCCAUCAGAGGGACUUUGUGCUGAUCAGCAAUAAAGCCACAGAGGACGAUGAUGGAGAGGAGAUAGUCACAUAUGACCAUGUUUGUAAAAAUUGCGACCAUGUCAUCGCCAGCCAUGAAUACACAUUCUCCGUUGUUGAUGAAUAUCAGGAGUACACUAUGCUCUGCAUGCUGUGCGGAAAAGCAGAGGACUCCAUCAGUGUGUUACCCGAUGACCCCAGACAGUCUGCACCUCUCUUCUAGACCUCAAACCUGCAGGCCAUGAUUCACUUUUUUAGAUCGGGUGUCGCCACCAUGGACAUGCUGCACUGCUUCAGGGUUUCACACAUUUUUUAUCAUUUUACGCACAUAUAUGUAACACCGCAUUUUAAAGGUCUUGGCUGUUUAUGGACUGCUGUAUAUGCUGAUAUCGGUGGAGUAAGGCAUGUAGCUGUUUAUUAACUUCCAUGACAACAACAAACAUUAUGUAUGUCAAUUGAAAUUGUACUUUAAAUAAAUAAACAUUUUUUAAGAGUUUUA